UCACCUCUCUUGACACUCACGCAUUCUACAGUCUACACACACCACUACUCAGUAUCCAGUCAACAGUUACUCUGGGAACAAUUAAUUGCAGCCAUCAAUAAGUACACAGAGCUGCCCUGUGAGGUGACGCAGCAGUCGUGAUGGUGCGGAAAGUGUGGCAGAUUUGUGUGUAUGCUGGGAUGGACGACUACCAUGUUGUAAUGGACCAGAAGGCAGUCGGCAGAGAACUCCUUGCACAGGUGCUGGAAGAGGUGGGGGUGAAGGAGCAGGAAUGGUUUGGCCUGCAGUACAAAGACGAUGAUAACUUCUGGCAUUGGCUCGUUCACGACAAGAAGGUAUUGUCUCAGAGGGUGAGUGAGAAGAACGACCCAAUAGUGAUGUUCCUCAAGGUGGUCAUCUUUCCCCCGCAACCUUCCCUCCUAGAUGACCCCGUGGCUCAGUCCAUAGUGUACGUGCAGGUGAGGGUGGCCAUCGAGUCGGAAGAGAUUCUGUGUUCGUCUAAAGAAUCUUCAGUUUUCAAGGAGCUCGCUGAGGCCGACAAAGUGGAAGAAUAUUUGACCAAGGCAGAGAUGAUGUCGGAGUAUGGAUGGUGGCACUUCCUCAUGACUCGCCCUCAAGACACUACUCCUGCCCGGGUCAGUGUCGGACUUACUGGCCUCAUUCUCACUGUCGACAACAGAAAAUUCGACUUCCCAUUCUCAGAGGUGGAUGAAGUGUGGGCCAGCGGCAAGAAACUGAUGAUCAAGUAUGUGUGUAAGAACAUCUCCACCACCACCUUCAUGGGACCCAACAAUAACUUUACCAAAGACUUUCAGUUCCUGGCUAAUGCCCAUCAUCACCACUACCUCCAUAGCGCCAUCUGAACCACCACUGUAUCUUUAUAACUCCUGAAUUAUUAACACCAAAUGUCUACACCAUCAUUAAUCUGGCCGAUGAUGACAUGACAAGAAAUGUUGGUGUGUCACUAUCCCCAUUUGUGGGUCUCUAUAAUCCUCGCAAUAUAAUUUAACCUUAAUUGUAAUGUGUGUACCUGUCGGUAAGAGCUGUCAUAAAAUCUUACUGCAGGCCGUGUCUAGGUUGGACAAAAUAUAAAGACAUGGUAGACGGAAACGAGUCAAUUUUACCACUGUAGAGCUUCUCAACAAGUGCUUUUUGCCAAAUUUCAUCUGUAUUGGUUAACAUGUGAGGGGGAACUGUAUUUCUAAAUAUUUGUUUUAUAGUA